AAAAGUUUGACAUGUUCAGAUCAUCAGGUUGCGGCAUGCGAAAAGCAAAAAUAGUGGAUUCCUAUCUUUGAAUGUUAAAAUGAUAUUGUUAGCGCUCAAAGAUAAUUGGGAGAUGGGGAGACUUGUUCAUUUUCAAAGAAAAAGAAGAAAUAAUUUAAUUUUUUCGUCUCAAUGUUCAUGUUAAAUUCCAAGUUUUGGGGAAAGAAUUAAACGAAAAGAACGUAAUCUUCUAGAGGAGUUUUAAAAGGCUAACAAAGAGAGAGAGCCUUGACCGAUUCAUUGUAAGCACGUUCUGUGUUUGUUGUCUACUAAUGAGAAAUGCAUUACAAUCUCACAUUGAUAACUUGAAUGUUAUCUUUGUGCUAAAAUCUUCUUCCCCAUAUUGAUUUGUUUCAGUUUUAUUAGAACAUAAAAGUGGUUCUUCAGUUAGACCACUUACUCCUGUAUCCUAAUUUUGCAGAGGGCCGUCCGAAGAACCGAUGACAACGCCCGGGGCGAAUGUUUCCUUCUCCUCACCACCCAUACACACAGAAAAAAUCAAUUAAUUAUGGCCAAAAUGAAGAAGGUUGUUCCUUUUGCUAAUGAAGUUUUAAACUUACCAUGUGAAUGGGAGGAAUGUGACAUUGUUAAAGAUGAUAUUGAAAGUUUUAUAUCACAUUUAUUGAGAGAUCAUCUUCCCCAAUUAAAUGGAGAUGAUUUACAUUGUCACUGGAAAGACUGUGAAGGAUUCACAGAAAAUCUUGCUGAGCUUAGAAGACAUAUUUUGCUGCAUGCUUUCCAUGCUAAGAUAAAGUGUCAUGGGAGGAAUCUGCAGCUUCGGAAAAAUAUACCAAAUUGUACUCUCGGUAUCCAGAGUCGUAAUAUAAUUCCUGAGCUACCUGAUCCUCUUGUUUGUUACUGGGAAAGCUGUCUUGAAGAAUAUGAAUGCCCUGAGCGUUUUUAUCGUCAUGUUGACUAUCAUUCUGAAAACGUUAAUACAUGCCUGUGGCAAGAUUGCAACAGAACUUUCACUGGCCAUUUUAAAUUAAGAGAGCAUUUAAGGUCUCAUACUCAAGAAAAACUUGUUGCUUGUCCAACAUGUGGUGGAAUGUUUGCUUCUAGAACGAAAUUUUCUGACCAUAUACAGAGGCAAUUGCUAACUGAUGAAAAUGAUGAGGAAAAUCUCUACAUAUGUGAGUACUGUUCUAAGAAAAUGAAUUCCGAGCGUUUGCUUAGAGAUCAUAUGAGGCACCAUGUGAACCAUUACAAAUGUCCCUACUGUGAUAUGACUUGCCCAACACCAUCUGGUGUACAAGUACAUGUUCAGUAUCGUCAUGCUGAAGAGAAGCCAUAUUCGUGCCAAUACUGUGACUAUAAAUGUAAAUCCGAAAAUGAUUUGAGAAAGCAUCUUGAGUCUCAUAGUCAAGUUAUUCCAUAUAAGUGCCCUGUUGAAGGUUGUUCCUAUGCUACAAGAUCACAAACUUGCUAUAAUGUUCAUUAUAGAAAAACUCAUGAAGAAAAAGGACCAGCAAAAUAUGCUUGCCAUUUGUGUGAAAAAAAGUUUACUCGUGGAAAUUACCUCACAAAACAUUUGGUGAAUGUUCACAAGUAUUGUUGGCCUUCUGGUCACUGUCGAUUUAGGUAUCACCUGCAUACAGACGGAUACUUUAAGUUGCAGACAGUUAGAUAUGAAAGCUUAGAGCUUUCUCAAACAAUGAUGGGCAAUGACAAUGAUGAAGGCAUAGAUGAUCCAGAAAAUUUAGUGGACACAUCUCCUCACAGCAAUCAAGAACACUCAAAUGUUUGUGGCGAAAAAAUUGAACCUUGCAUAUCUAGUCAAAUUAUUCAGGGUACUGAAUCAUCUGUCCCAUCUGGAUCUGUUAUAUUUUGUUUAGAAAAUGGCAAUGUUGUUCGAUUCCAGCAAGGAAUUCCAGCUCUCAAAACUUCUUUGAAUGAUUCAUAUCUUCAAGAUUCUACUACUUCCGAACAAGAGCCUGUUUUAAUACAAAUCGUUGAUUCUGCUGAUGAAACGGGGGCAAACUCAAACAAUGCUUCUGUUUUUGUUAUGACAGGAACAGAUAAUGCUGGUAAUAACUAUAAUCCAAGAGCUAUACAAGUGCUAACAAAAAACUCAGAAGGAAAAAUGGUAUUGGAAACUGCUGAAUUGAUAACAGAGUAUGACCCAUCACUCAUUGUAUAAAGUUUGAGUUUUUAAGGUUCAGCAAUACAAAUUUUCUUGUUUUUUGUUAUUGAUGGUUUACUUUACUAAGUAAAUUAUCUUUUUCAAAUUCAAUUGCAUUGUGAUAAAUAUUUACAGCUAUUUUCUGGUUGAUUUUUCAUAUUCCAUUUUUUUUACAAGACAUUUUGAUGAAUAGUUCUGAUUUCAGCACAAGUAGUACAUUGGUUUUCACAAUAGUGUGUAAUUGUCAUGAUCAGGGGAAGGGGGGCUUGAGCCCCCCCACCCCUUUGAAAUUGGAACUUCUUUGUUUUUAGUACUUUUUUCUUUGCAAGAACAUAAAAACAUUUCUUCUCCAGCCAAAUAAAAUAAGUUAUUAAAAUUGUCAAUUUUUAAUGACUAAUCUGUCCAGAAAUUGGUUUCCAUGGGGAAAAUAUUCUGUUAAAUCAUGGUUAAAAUAUCUGAGCCCCCCCCCCCCUUACAAUUUUGCAUAUGGGUGCCUUUGGUGUGUUGUAUAAUACUUCUUUUUAACUUUUAAAUUUCAUUGAAAGUUUUCAAAAUUGCUUAAUUCUUAUGCUUAAAUUUAUGAAUAAAAAAAUUGACACCCCCUCCCCCUCUAAUGUGAAAUGAUCAUUUUUCUUUGCAUAAAAUGCGUACAAACCUUUUCAAAAAAAAAAAAAAAACUAUUUAAGUUUCUUUGGAAUUUUAAACUUUUUGCCAAAUCAUUAAAUUAGAUUUACAGUUGCUUUAAAAUUCUAUUUAACGAGUGAAGCGGUUUUUACUGCAAUUUCAAAUAUUUCGCCAAAUAAACAAACAAACAAAAAAAAAAAAAAUCAAAUUAUAUUUUUUAUAAGUAAAAAUUAUUCCAUAACUCUAUUGUUUAUCGCAAAACUUGCCCAGCAACCACGCUAUCAUAAUCGAUCCGUCUAACGGGAAAAAACACAUCCUGUUGGACAUUCAAAAAUCGUCGUCGGAAAAAAAAAAUGUUGUACAUUUCACUCGGAUAAAAACGAAUCAAAAGUUUCUUUUUUUUCAAAACAAAGCGCCAAAACAAUGAAUUACAUUAACGGUUGCCUUAAAACAAUAAUCCUAGACUGAACUGCUCAGCACUUAACGCGCCAAGCGACCACGCUACCGGAACCCAGCCCUUUUGUGAGUGAAGCGGAUGUUUAUUCUUUGGGAAUAUUAAAUGUUUCGCCAAACAAACAAAAAAUCACAUUAACAGUAGCUUUCUAAUCUUUAUAUAUUAAGAGCUGCGUUGCCCGGUCUACCUUGAGAAUAAAAAUUGCGUCAAGUGACCUAUAUUCAACAAUCAGGCUUAAAUAAAAGAAAAAAAAACACCAUGCAAAGUUACCCUUCCAAACAAUGACGACAGAUAUUAAAAUACUUUGAAGAAGUUAAAAUGCGAAAGAUGGAUUUUAAAAGCGUAACCAUGGAAACAUGAAAUAAAAUAGUUUGACAACUUGAAUCAAAAUGAUAUAUUUCGAAAUUGAUUAGAAACGCUUGUAACUUUGUUUCCUUUGAAGAUAGAAGCUAUUUUUUUCGACCAUAGGUCGAAAGAGAUCUGCAGUAUAAAACGUCGCUUUUUCCAAUGUGGUCAAAAAGAAAACUGUGGGGCAGUUCCUACACUUUUUAUUGAUAGCUUUAAUGAAGAAAGUAGUGCCUGAAUUUCAGCUAAGCCUAAAAAAGUUCGAGCUAAAAACUCAAAUUGCUCCCGUCGUAAUUAAGUUAGAGCAUUGAAACAAAUUGUUUAGAACGCGGAAAAUUCUACCCUUUUCAACAAUACAUAAUAUUAAUAUGUGCAAGUAAUUCCCCCCCCCCCCACUCUUUAAUAGCCAAUAAUAGGCAAUUUG